CCUUUAUUACCGUCGGGUUAAAACAUAUCCUGGUUUUUCUCAGGGUGAAACUUUACCUACGUCCACUUAACCGCCGUCUACUUGCCGCGGUCAAUACUUAACGGCCGUCUCAACUUUAACAAAGCUUACGCCCUCCGUCUCUCUUCUUCUUAUUCUUCUUCUUCAGGCUGAGGCGGCGGAAACCAACCGGAGCCGUUCAAACUUCACGCCGGAAGGCUCCGCAGCCCGCUCGUACCCAACGCCAUCCCGUCGGAGUGCCGCCACCGUGCCGCAGACCUCCUUCAGCCAACUCCGUACUUUCGAGUCCGCCACCGUGACCGGAAAGUCGACAACCUUCCGGUAUGGCGUUGCAGACUGGGGUUUCCACCUCCAAAGUUCUAAUCCUCGCCGGUGCAGGUCUCACUGGUUCGAUUAUUUUAAGAAGCGGGCGACUGUCUGAGCUCGUCGCCCAGCUUCAAGAAUUGCUGAAGGGGGUGGAUGAAGUUGAAAUCUCAUCUAAUAAAUUCGACACUGCUGCUCUUGCGGCACAGAUCAGGCAAUUGGCUCAGGAGAUCAAGGAGUUAUCUUUAUCCAAUCCCAUAACCAUAUAUAACGGGAGCUCCUCCUCUAGUGGGAGCUAUUCUUCUUACUUAGUGCCAGCUGCUGCUCUUGGAGCUAUGGGAUAUUGUUACAUGUGGUGGAAGGGCUGGUCAUUUUCUGAUGUCAUGUUUGUUACAAGGCAAAACAUGGCAAAUGCUGUUGCAACUGUAUCAAAACAGCUUGAGAAUGUCUCUGAGACAUUGGCAUCAACAAAAAGGCAUCUGUCAAAAAGGCUGGAGAAUUUGGACUGGAAGCUUGAAGAGCAGAAAGAGAUAUCUGAGAUUAUUGUAAAUAAUGUGAAUGAGGUGAAGUCAAACCUGGCUCAAAUAGGAUUUGAUGUUGAAACUAUUCAUAGAAUGGUUUCUGGGAUGGAAGGAAAGAUCGAGUUGCUUGAGGCCAAACAAGAUGUCACGAACUCUGGUCUGUGGCAUCUUUGCCAACUAGCUGGGGGUCUUCAAGGUGGACAAGAUGCCAUUAAAUUUAAGGAUGCAAGUGGUAAGGUAGCUAAUCAUUUGAGGGUGACAUACAAGGAAAAUCCCGUGAAGGGGCUUCAAUUCAUUUCUGAUAGUAGUGAAUUCAAUAAGAUUGAAGAUUCAAUCACGAAGACAGAGAAGAACAGUGCGGAGAAAGUCUCAGGCAAAAAUGUCCCCAUUACGAGGAGAAGAAUACACAGGUCAUAUCCCGUUGGGAUUUCUUUGGCUCAGGAUAUUAUCUGAAGUUACAAAGGUAUUUCUUGUAGCUUGACAUUAUCCGAGCUGAUUCAAUUCAUAUACUCUUAUUAUAUUUUGGGAUUUUCACCAAUUUGUUUCGGGCGUGGGAACAUCUUUACGGGUCAGAUAAUUUCUGGUGAAAGUAGGUGGUUACUGCUCUUGGUGUACCAUGUACCAUAAGCUUCAUUUGUUGUGUUGUAUGUUACUGUAAAUGAAGAGAACAAAGUGAAAGUUAUGUUGAGGUGUGAAAUAGGCCUCUCUUGGAACAA